CUUUUUCCGGUGGCAGGGUCUGGGGAAGGGGCGGCAGGCGCCAUGUCCGGCCGCGAAGGUGGCAAGAAAAAGCCACUGAAACAGCACAAGAAGCAGGCCAAGGAGAUGGACGAGGAAGAUAAGGCUUUCAAGCAGAAACAAAAAGAGGAGCAGAAGAAACUCGAGGAGCUAAAAGCGAAGGCCGCGGGGAAGGGGCCCUUAGCCACAGGUGGAAUUAAGAAAUCUGGCAAAAAGUAACCUGUUCCUUGUGCCUGAGGAGAUGGUGACCCUUUAUUUCAUCCGUAUUUAAACCUUUCUAUUCCCUGCCAUAACA